CCAAGGAUAGCAGUCACUUUGCUGAUAGUAGCUGUGAGUUUAACUGUGGAAGCAGAUUAAUGUAACACCUUCUGUCUGAUCUAAUACCUCCAGGAAAUUAUCGAAUCAUCAAAAGAAAUGCCCAACAACGAGGAAUCUUUCAGCAAACCCCGCAAUUCUGCACUGCUCCAUGUCAGCGGUAACGGGAGGAAAACUGCAAGGCUGCCUAAAUGUGCCCGCUGCAGGAACCAUGGCUAUGCCUCGCCACUGAAAGGGCAUAAGCGCUUCUGUAUGUGGAGGGAUUGUCAGUGUAAGAAGUGCAGCCUGAUUGCCGAGAGACAGAGGGUUAUGGCUGCACAGGUUGCAUUACGGAGACAGCAAGCCCAAGAAGAGGAGAUGGGGAUUAGCUAUCCUAUUCCUUUGGCCAGCUCAACAGAAGUGCUUGUGAAGAGAGAACAUGGAGGCAGCAGCUCCUGCUUACAAAUGGAAAGCAGUUGCACUCAGACCACAAGUUCUGCCACUCAAGUGUCUGUGACCAGUGGCUCAGAGAGCAGAAUGCUGGUUCAGGAUAUGUCUGUCACCAGCAGAGGGCACAUGGAGAGCACACCUGACUUGGUUGUGGAUUCAGCUUUUUAUAGCAAUUUCUACCAGCCAUCACUGUACCCAUACUACAACAACUUAUACAAUUAUUCUCCCUAUCAAAUGGCUAUGGCUGCUGAACCAAGUGGCAGUGACCUAAGUGGAAUAAGUGGACCACCAAUGAAAAAUGCACUUAGAAGUAUUCCAGGAGCCUACGUCCCAAGUCAGUCAGGAAACCAGUGGCAGAUGAAGGGAAGUGAGAAUCGUUUGCCAGGACACAGCGCAAGCUCUCAGUAUAGGAUGCACUCCUACUAUCCCUCGUACCUGGGACAAAGUGUUGCCACUCCCGCUUGUGUCCCACCACUCUUUGCUUAUGAAGAGACCCCAUCAUAUCCUGAGGCCAAGGCAAGUGUGUUUUCUCCUCCCAGCAGCCAAGAUUCCGGCUUGGUUUCUCUGUCCAGUAAUUCCCCCAUUAGCAAUGAGAGCACCAAAGGUGUAGCAGAAUGUGAGGCGAACACUGAGGCGAGCCAGUUCACCACCACAGUUAUCGAGGAUGGCGAGUGAUAUGACCUAUGUGAGCAGUCAGAUGCACACGUGUCUGUCAUCAAGAACACCAUUACUACCACAAAACAGCAAGAGGAGUAAACAGACAUGGCACCACUGCACUGCACUCUCAACUGCAUUAAACAUAUAGUGUUUAAAACUCUGGAUAUCGGUUGUUUAACUGUUGAGUGGCACCUUGCCUGAGUAUGUUGAUUUCUUUGCUAAUCAUUCAUGUUUAACUGCAAAUGGUUUAGAGUUUAAUAGUUCAGUAACUCGGAACAUUCUAAUAGCUCAUCUCCAGUUGUCUUUUGACUACAUCGCUCAGGAUCCCGGCAGAGAGUGUUGAGAUUUAUUGGGGACCUACCUCUUGGCCACUGCCAGGUCAUAUGAAACCUGAAUUUUUAACAUAUUAACACCAAGUGCAUGUGCAGAUUCUUACUAAUCCUUCGCACUCCUGGUAGGCUCUGAUCACUAAACAGUAAGUUGUAAAGACAUGACGGCCAACUCACAAAAUGUAUACCAACAUAGAUUGGAUAACAGCUUACUUCCCAACUCUGAUGUUUGGCCCUAAAUGUGUAUGUUGGUCAUCAGUUUGCCACAACUUACGGUUUAGCGAAUAGAUCCGUAGUUGUGCUCAUUUCUAGAAACAUACUUGGUUAUUCACUAACGUGAGAAUUCAAAGUGAAUUUUAAAUUCAAGGCCAAAGUAGUCAAACUAUAAGCAUAUGUGGCUUGGAGAAUGUUACCAGUUUGGCUAUUUUUACCUUGAAUUUGAAAUUCACUUUGAUUUCCCACUUUAGUGUAUUCCCCUAAUAGUAGUUGAGAUUUGGAAUGCCCAUCGUUGCAAUACAUAUUUUGAUCAAGUUAAACAUUAAAUUAGGUACUAGAUGCACCAUUAGUCGUGUCAUCCUGUG